AUGGUAGACGUGAAACUAUUAAGGAAUUUCUCUAGAGUAAUUUGCCCCAAUACCCCGUUGGAAUGGCUAGCAACUCCUGGCAUACACGGAAAGGUAAUAUCUGCUCGAGAGGUUCAACUUGAACUAGGUUUAUGGGACGGUGAAGUAGUAUAUAUGGAUCUGGAUCAUUUUGCAAAAUUUAAAAGUUACGCUUUAGAAACAGUUGAAGAACUUGUCAAAAAUUAUCCGUGGUACUACCUACCUGCUUCAGUGCAUAAAAUUAUCCUCUAUGGGUCAGAAGUUAUUGAUCGUGUACUCCUAUCCAUAGGGGAACUUUUGGAGGAAGCUGCAGAAUUUUUGAACAAUUAUUCAGACGCAUCAAGACAAGAAAAAUAG